AUGAAUAAUAAAGAUAAGGAAAUAUUGGAUUUACUAGGAGCUGAUGAUGCAGCAAUACUAGAUUUUUUGAAGGAUAUAAAACAGAAAGCUAAAAGUGAGAUAAACUUCGAGCAGCGAAUUAACGAAUUAGAAGUUGGAUUACAACAUGAUAUGAUACAUAAGAUAUACCACUUAUUACAUGAAAGAACAGAGUUUGACUUAGGGAGUUUUCUAAAAGAAAAUCUUGGCUUAACUUCGGAGUCCGAUGUAUCACUCUUGAAGGAUUUUACAAAGGGUCUAUUCAAUAAAUGCGAUACUUUAGAUAUAUUUAAGGACGAAAUGAAGAAUUUAGAUAGUGGUCUAAACGAUGAAGCGUUAAGAGAGAUCUAUAAUUCAUUAAAAAUUAAAAGAAUUAUUACAGAGACUUCAAGUAAUCCAUUUAUUACAAAGACAGAACAAUACGAUGGUCUUAAUUUACCUAACAAAGCUGUUGAUUGGCAAGUAAUUCAGGAUACGAAAGAUUUAAAACCUACCAAAUCUAGGAAUGUGACCCCAAAUAUAGAUCCAUAUCCAAUACUAGGUCACAUAUAUGAAGGACUAGUGAGAAGACUAAUGCCAUUUGGUUGUUUUGUCUCAAUCUUAGGAGUUAAAUCCAAAAAAUGUGAAGGAUUAGUGCAUAUAUCUGAGAUAGCUAAGAGACGAAUAAAAGAACCUAGAGAUUGUGUAUUGGAAGGACAGAAAGUGUAUGUGAAAGUUAUUAAACUGGGUGAUGAUGGUAGGAUUUCUUUGAGUAUGAGAAGGGCUGAUCAAGUGACAGGAAAAGAUAUAGAUGACAUGACAAGAGAAACUGAGGGUAACGAACGAGGAAGAACCGCGAUGAGGAAAGAGACUCCAUCAGUUAAGAUUAAAAAAAGAAAGUUGACAUCCCCAGAGAGGUGGGAAAUACAACAAUUGAUUGCAAGUGGGGCUGCUUCUAUUGAAGACUACCCAGAGCUUAAUGAACAGCCUGACAAUGAGAAGAACGAAAGAGAAGGUGAAAAUAGUAAGACUACAACUGGUGGAACUGACUUUGAUGAAGAUAUGGAAGAACUGGAUGUUGAAUUGAAUACUGAUGAUAAACCAAAUUUUUUGAAGAGUGAACUAAUGACAAAGGAUAAAGGAUUCGAACCAGCAAAAAUUGUAAAAAUGCCAAGAGGUUCAAUGAACAGAGUUGCAAUGAAUGGUUCUCUUACAAUGACGGAACAUAGAGAGCAAAAAUUAGAGAAGAAGAAAAAUGUCGAACAACAAAUUAGGCAAUUAAGUUCAGAAAAUGACCCCACUAGAACCAGAAGGGAAUAUAAACAAGAGAUUGACCAAUUAAAGAAAGAACUCAUUGUUACUGCGUGGGAAAAGAAUAGGAUUCAAGAAAAGGUAUCGUUUGGUAAAAGAACUUCAUUACCUAUAAGCCAACAGCGGAAAGAAUUACCUGUAUAUAAUAUGAGAUCCAAAUUAAUAGAAUCUAUCAAAGCCAACCAAUUUAUUGUAAUAGUUGGUGAAACAGGUUCUGGUAAAACAACUCAGAUCACACAAUAUCUGAACGAAGAAGGAUUUAGUGAAAAUGGUAUGAUAGGUUGUACACAACCCCGCAGAGUUGCUGCCAUAUCUGUUGCGAAAAGAGUAUCAGAAGAAGUCGGGUGUGAGUUGGGAGGUGAAGUUGGUUAUAACGUUCGUUUUGAUGACCGAACAUCCCGAAAGACAAAAAUCAAAUAUAUGACCGAUGGUAUGUUACAAAGAGAGACUCUUUUGGACCCAAUGAUGUCUAAAUAUUCAGUCAUCAUGUUAGAUGAAGCUCACGAACGUACUGUAGCGACUGACAUUCUUUUUGCUCUAUUGAAGGAGGCUGCCAAAGCAAGACCAGAACUUAAAAUUAUUAUUACGUCCGCAACGCUAGAUUCUGAGAAAUUUUCCAAGUAUUUUAAUGACUGUCCUGUGAUUAAUAUACCUGGUAAGACCUUCCCCGUGGAAGUAAUGUAUUCACAGACACCUCAGAUGGAUUAUAUCGAAGCUACCUUAGACUGUGUUAUGGAUAUACAUAUUAAUAAUGAUGCUGGUGAUAUCUUAGUGUUUCUAACAGGUCAAGAAGAAAUCGAUUCGUGUUGUGAGAUAUUAUAUGAGAAGGUCAAGACAUUAGGAGAUGCUAUAGGAGAACUAGUUAUUCUUCCAAUUUACUCUGCAUUACCAAGUGAAGUUCAGUCAAAGAUAUUUGAACCAACUCCAGAGGGAAGUAGAAAGGUAGUGUUCGCUACUAAUAUUGCCGAGACUUCCAUCACUAUAGAUGGUAUUUAUUAUGUCGUGGAUCCAGGAUUCUCGAAAGUAAAUUCUUAUAAUCCCAGAGCUGGUAUGGAACAACUAAUUGUUUCUCCAAUUUCGAAGGCACAAGCCAACCAAAGAAAGGGUAGAGCUGGUAGAACUGGACCAGGGAAGUGUUAUAGACUUUAUACUGAGUCUGCAUUCUACAAUGAAAUGUUACCGAAUACUAUUCCAGAAAUACAAAGGCAAAAUCUUUCUAAUACAAUCCUUAUGUUAAAAGCUAUGGGGAUCAACGAUUUACUGAAUUUUGACUUUAUGGAUCCACCACCAAGGAAUCUUCUUUUAUCCGCACUUUCGGAACUUUACAAUUUAGAAGCAUUGGAUGGAGAUGGCUAUCUAACAAAAUUGGGCCAAAGAAUGUCUCAAUUCCCAAUGGAUCCAACGCUUUCAAGAGUCAUGCUUUCAUCUGUCACUAAUGAAUGUUCUGAUGAAAUAUCUACUAUAAUUGCAGUGUUGUCUGUUCAAAAUAUUUUCUUUAGACCAAGAGAUAAACAACAACAAGCGGAUCGUCAAAAAGCUCGUUUCAAUCACCCAUAUGGGGACCAUCUAACGUUGUUAAACGUAUUUACACAGUGGGAAAAAGCAGGUGGAGGUCAACAGUUUUGUGAGAUCAAUUUCUUGCAUGGAAGACAUUUGAAACGUGCUAGAGAUGUGAAGGAUCAAAUUUUAUCGAUAGUUAAUCAACUUCAUUUACCUAUUGUCAGCUGUCGAGGUGAUGUGGACAUCAUUCGUAAAACAUUAGUGACUGGGUUCUUCAUGAAUGCAGCUAAGAGAGAACCAAGUGUUGGUUAUAAGACAAUAGUAGGUAAUACUGCAGUGGGUAUCCACCCAUCUAGUUCAUUGUUUGGCAAAGAGUAUGAGUAUGUCAUUUACAACUCAUUGGUGCUAACCAGUAGGGAGUUUAUGUCACAGGUGACUAGCAUCGAACCAGAAUGGCUUCUUGAAUUUGCGCCUCAUUAUUACAAAGCAAUAGACAAUAAUAGUAAAUCACGUAAGAAGUUAAAACUGGCACCUUUACAUGACAGAUAUGCAAAGAAUCAAAACUCAUGGAGAUUAAGUUCCAUUAGACAAUCCAGAGAAAAAGCAUUAGGUAUCAAACGUUGA